CUGGUGCUGUUUGUAACGCUGUCUAAAAACAACCGUAGAAGAAGAAAAGGGCACAAGAGCAACGUGAGAGCCAUGCCGAAAUCAAAGAGGGAUAAGAAAGUCUCUUUGACUAAAACAGUUAAGAAAGGAUUGGAGGCGAAGCAGAAGCUGAUUGAGGAGCUGCGGAAAUGUGUGGACACGUACAGAUACAUCUUCAUCUUCUCAGUGGAGAACAUGAGGAACAGCAAGCUGAAAGACGUCAGAACGGCGUGGAAGCACAGCCGGUUCUUUUUCGGUAAGAACAAGGUGAUGAUGAUCGCGCUUGGGAAAGGACCGACAGAUGAGUACAGGGAUAAUUUACACAAGGUGAGCAAGUUCCUCCGAGGAGAAGUGGGAGUUCUGUUCACCAACAAAACCCAGGAGGAAGUGCAGGAGUAUUUCAGCAGCUUCAGUGAGAUGGACUACGCUCGCGCGGGGAACGUAGCGCAAAUGGCGGUGACGCUGGACGAAGGACCGCUGGAACAGUUCUCUCACUCCAUGGAGCCUCAGCUCAGACAGCUGGGACUGCCCACAGCGCUGAAAAAAGGAGUCGUCACGUUACUGAAGGACUAUGAAGUGUGUAAAGAAGGAGAUACGCUCACGCCGGAACAAGCUCGCAUUCUGAAACUCUUCGGGAUGGAGAUGGCCGAAUUCAAAGUGACCUUAAAGUGCAUGUGGAAUUCAGAGACUGGAGACUUCCAGCUGUUUGCCGACGCUGAUGAAGAGGCCAUGCAGGCUAAUGAUGAUGAUGACGACGAUGAUGAAGAGAGUUAAUAAAAACGGACGAUGGACUUUCCACAUGGACGUGUUGGUUUAACGUCCAGAGGCAGGACACGUGUUUGUGUGAAUGUUUUCUU